AUGACGCUAUCAAAGAUCCCUAUUCCUGUUACACGAGAUCGACAACAGCAACGACCGCUACUGACUGCCGUCAAUCCCCUUACGCCCAACAAACACAACUCCACAACGUCCCAAAUAUCAUCGACAUCUACCUCAUCAGCACCCUUCACGAACCGAGGCCUUCAGGAACCACCCAAACAUAAUGUCAGUAUCAAUGGCAACUCUGUCGGGCAACAACAGAGGUCUCGUUCUGCCUCUGAUAGCUUGUCUGUAAUUUUUGCCGGUUCGUCUACCUCUACAGCGUCGCCUGGUAAUCAUGAUGUAGGGAAUAUCGUCGAUUCAACAGUGCCUACCACGGCAGAUAAGAAAGGUGGUCACAGCCAGCCUGGACAACAACAACAACAGCAACAGCAACAGCAACAGCAACAGCAACAGAAGCAGCAGAGAUUGAGAUUCGAGUCGUGGAACCACGGUUGUAUUCAGGGUCGUGGAGAGGUGGCCCAGAAGGACGAUCAGGAAGCGGAUGAUGCCUUCGAGACGAAGAGUUCUUCAGAAUACCAUUUUCAGCAUCAGUCUUAUAGUUGGCAGCAACCACAACCACAACCACAACCACAACAAAUACAGCAUCAUCAACAACAGCGACAGGUACCACAUAAUGGAGAAGGUGGUCGAGACACGGGCACUACAGUUGGCAGUCGGAGAUGUGUGCUGGAGCAGGAGCGAAUCGGGAAUAGCAGAGAUGGAGACAGUAGCGGUGGUGAGGAAGAUGAGGAGGAGGGACAGCGAGAGUCGCCGACGACAUCUAUCCCCGGAUCAUGCGUCUUCACAGACUUCCAGGAUAAUGAGGAAGACGAAGGAGAGGAGAACUCUCAGGAGGGACAGCAAUCCAAUAACCGCACUGUUGUUGGAGGGAUGGCAACUCUGGCUGGUCAGGGGGAUCAUCCUAUUGGUGCGACGGCAGGAGUUGCAAGAGUUGAGCGAAUGCAUGAAGUUCGAGAGGCUACCCCUGCGACACUCAGAAAGUGCCAAAGCACUCAUGUUUAUUUCUUGGACCAUUACAUCGAUCUUCUGAGUUACCUAAAGAAGCGGCAGGAGCGAGUGCAAGAGUUCAAGAAGAACCUUGCUCGACAACACAAUCGAUCGGAGCAAACGGACAGCAGGGCACGGGAAGAAUUUCGCCAACAGGAAAGUAUGUUCCUCCGCCAACGCCGGACAAGAACACAGGCUAUCCAAUUCCAGAUCCUGACCCAAGUAGGGCAAGGCGGAUUCGGGGAAGUCUUCCUAGCCCGCAAGACAGACACGAACGAGCUCUGUGCGCUGAAACGCAUGUCUAAGAAAAGCCUCCAUCUCCAAGACGAAGUACAGCACAUUCUGACCGAACGCGAUGUCCUGACAUCGACCAAAUCCGAAUGGCACGUCAAGUUGCUGUAUUCGUUCCAAGAUGCCGAGUAUGUCUACUUGGCGAUGGAGUUUGUCCAGGGUGGGGACGUACGGACAAUGUUGACGGCUAGAGGUGUGUUGAAGGAGGAGGACACGAGGUUAUAUUUUGCAGAGAUGGUGAUGGCGAUUGAUGCAUUGCACCAGCAAGGGUACAUCCAUCGAGAUUUGAAGCCGGAGAAUUUCUUGGUUGAUGCCGGGGGGCAUAUCAAGUUGACAGAUUUUGGAUUGUCGAAGGGGCAGUUGGCCGAGGGUCGGAUUGAGGUCAUGAAGGCCAAGUUGAAGGAGGUCAAGGAUAGUAUGGAGCCGACGGUGCCGGUGCUGUUGAGACGUGGUGGGGGAGGAUCUUCGGUGAUGGGUCAUGGGCUUGGGCAAGGGUUGGAGGGUGGGAUGAUGUUGGGAGGUGGAGGAAUUGGAGGAAGGUUGGGAGGUGCGGGAGGAAGUUUUGCGAAUUUGAAUGGGAUCUUGCAUAGGUCUCCGUCGCACAUGAUGUGGAAUGGUGGAAACGGAUCCAUGUCGAAUUUGGCACCAACACAACCGCCUCCAAUGAUCGGGAACAAUAGUCUGUUGAACUUGCACGCAGGAGGAGGAGGGUCGACCAGUAACUUGACGGCAGUCGGUAGUGGUAUGGGUUCUUUGGGGACUCCACAGAUGCGACAUCGACAACUUUUGCACCAGCAUCACCAUCAACAGCAACAAUACCACAACCAACAACACCAACAACACCAACAAGCCCAGCAAUCCCAACAACAGUCUCAGCAACAAGGAAGCAAUAACAUCGAGUACAAGAACGAAGGCAUCCGCCGCGCAUUCUCAAUCGUCGGGUCCGCAGACUACAUGGCCCCCGAGAUCCUGACCAGCCAAGGUUACGACUAUGGAGUCGACUACUGGUCGCUGGGCUGUAUCCUGUUCGAGUUCCUGUGUGGGUACAGUCCCUUCCAGGCCGAGGACACGCGACAGACGUGUGUGAAUGUGUGGCAUUGGCGGCGGGUGUUGAAGAGACCUGUUUAUGAUACGGAGGAGAAUCUGGAAUUUAAUUUGACGGAUGAUGCGUGGGAUCUUAUGACGAGGCUGAUUACGGACAGGGACGAGCGAUACACAACGUUACAACAGGUCAAGGACCAUCCAUGGUUUGCCGGUUUAGACUGGACCAAGUUGCGAGACAUGGAGGCGAGCUUUGUGCCGGUGCUGUCGACGCCGAUGGAUACGAGCUACUUUGACGAUUUCUCGAAUCCGGAGGAUAUGGUUUGGUAUAAGGAUGUGUUGUUAAGGCAGGCGCAGGUUGAAGAUGCGGAGGAGAAGGCAGCCGAAGCUGAGCGGGGACAGGAGCCUUCUUCUCGGAUGGAUCGAGGUGGCGAUAACGCGAUUGGGUGCGGAGUUGGUGGUGAUGGUAGUUCGGGGCCAUUGCCGUAUAUUCUGAGAGACCAGGACCCGUGGAAGAGUUCGUUUGUCGGGUUCACGUUUCGGCACCAGCAGCAGUGUUGA